AUGGACGAUCGUCCUCACAAGCCUCACCGGCCUGCGCAAUCUGGCUCCAAGGCUGAUAAAAAAGACAAAGGAAAGGGGAAGGAAAAGCAGCAUGGCUUCAAUGAAAAGGCUUUUGCCCCAAGAUCGGGCCGUCGGGCUGACCGUCAAGGGAGACGAAACGCUGAGCGCGACCAAACACGACUACAUGUUCCUCUUGUGAACAGGACGCCAGACGACGAACCCCCUCCCAUUAUUAUCGCCAUUGUAGGACCGCCUGGAGUUGGCAAAACUACACUUUUGAAAAGUCUUGUUCGUCGGUACACAAAACAGACUUUGCACGAAGCCAAGGGACCUAUCACUGUCGUCAGCGGGAAGAAAAAGAGACUCACUUUCAUUGAGUGCAACAAUGACCUCAAUAGCAUGAUCGACGUUGGCAAGAUUGCCGACCUUGUUCUGCUCAUGAUUGACGGUUCUUUUGGUUUCGAAAUGGAAGCCUUCGAAUUCUUGAAUGUACUCCAAUCGCAUGGUUUUCCCAAAGUCAUCGGCAUACUCACACAUCUUGACCUCAUCAGAAAAGCUGCCACUCUGAAGGAUACGAAGAAAGCUCUGAAAAAAAGGUUUUGGACAGAGAUAUAUCAGGGCGCCAAAUUGUUCUAUCUGUCCGGUGUCUUGAACGGUAGAUAUCCCGACAGCGAGAUUCUCAACCUUUCUCGAUUCGUCAGCGUCAUGAAAUUCCGUCCUUUAGUCUUCCGUAACACCCACCCUUACCUUCUCGCUGACCGAAUCGAAGACCUUACUCCCCGUGAACAAAUACGAACAUCGAAAGGGAAAUGCGACCGGACAGUCACGGUAUAUGGGUACGUGCGUGGGACCAACCUCCGGAUGGGCACAAAGGUGCAUAUACCGGGUGUCGGCGACCUGGACAUGAAGGGUGUCUCCAUCCUAGGUGACCCAUGUCCAAUGCCAGACGCUGACUCUGAGAAACGGCGGAAACUCAGCGAAAAGAAGAAGCUUCUGGUACACGCUCCUAUGAGUGAUGUUGGAGGCGUAAUGUAUGACAAGGAUGCAGUUUAUAUCAAUGUUCCCGGAAGUUUUACAAGGGGUAACACUAAUGUUCUGCAAGGCGAGGGGGAGCAAAUGGUGAUGGACCUGCAAGAUGCCAGCGCAACUCUUGAAGACGCUGUCGCUCAAAGCCAGAUUCGUCUCUUCGGAUCUUCUUCGAAGCAUCUUGGUGUGGCCGUUACUGUCAAUCAGGACGACGGUGAAGACACUGAGGAUUAUGAAGAAGAUGAUGAAGUGGAAGAGGAAGAAGAUGGUGAAGAAGAAGAUGACGAUGAUGAACUAGAUGACGAUGAUGACAACCCUAGCGACCACGACGAAGUGCAAGACGUCUCACGAGAUCCUAGGAAUACCGGUCGUGUGUCGCUGCGUACGGUCGCACGUAGCCUUCCUGCAUCUAGCAAGAAAGGUCGAGGAGGCGUGGAGUAUGCGGAUAGCGACUCUGAUCUAGGGGAGGAGGAAGAGGGAGGCUUGGGAACUUUAGGAAAACGGGUCAGGCAUGAACACGAAGCAGAUGAUCAUGACAUCCCUAGCGAUAAAGACGGAAUGAAUGAGGAUGAGGUAGACGACGUUCCAAAAUGGAAGGAAAAUCUCCUCACUAGGGCCAAGGAAACGCUUUCCAAGGGGGGAAGACGGAAGGAUUGGACGAACCUCAUCUACUCCAGCUCACUGACUCCUCUGGAAAUACUUCACGGUGCCUCGUCACCGGCUCAAGAACAGGAAAUCGACGAAGACGACGACGAUUUUUUUAAGUUGAGCAAGCCAGAUCCUAUAUCUACAGAUGAAGACAUCGACAAAACCGAGUGGAAUGUAGAGCCUGAAGAUCUAGAUCGCUGGAAAGAGGAGAAUGUGUUGGACUCCAUUCGCGGAUUGUUUAUCACCGGCGGGGAAGCUCGAGGGGACGAAGGAGAAGAGGGAGAAGACGGGUAUGAAGAUUCGCACGGAGAGCUCGAUGAUGAUAUACCCGCAGAAGAUGAACCAUCCGCUUCGAAAGAAGAGCCUUCGCAUUCAGCCACGCUUGCUGCAAAGAAGGAAGCUCUGAAGCGCAAAUUUGAUGAGCAGUACGACGACCCGGAAGCAUCGAAACUUGAUUUCUAUGACGAAAAGAAAGAGGAGAUAGCCAGACAGCUCCAGCUCAAUAAGGCGGAGUUCGAAGGAGUCAGUGCAGAGUCGCGGGCACUGGUGGAGGGUUAUCGGCCUGGUGCUUAUGUUCGCAUCGAGUUAACAAAUGUGCCCUGCGAGAUGAUUGAACACUUCGAUCCCUCGUAUCCCAUCAUUGUCGGCGGUCUUCUACCGGCUGAAGAGAGAUUCGGAUUCGUUCAAGUUAGGCUUAAACGCCAUCGAUGGUUCGUCAGGACCCUUAAGACGAACGACCCUCUUAUUUUCUCCAUCGGUUGGCGUCGCUUCCAAUCUGUCCCCAUAUAUUCCCUCGAUGAUCAUUCCAUUCGAAUGCGUAUGCUCAAGUAUACUCCAGAGCAUAUGCAUUGUUACGCGACAUUCUACGGCCCGGUAUCUCUGCCCAAUACGGGCUUUUGCGCAUUCAACUCUUUAGCCGGGGAGACAUCAGGGUUUCGAGUAUCGGCCACAGGCGUCGUUCUCGACAUUGAUCGGUCAGUCAAGAUCGUCAAGAAGAUCAAGCUGACCGGUGUCCCGUUCAAGAUAUACAAGAACACAGCGUUUAUUAAAGACAUGUUCAAUUCUGCCCUUGAGGUGGCCAAAUUUGAGGGAGCCAACAUCAGGACGGUUUCUGGCAUUCGAGGGCAAGUAAAGAAGGCUUUCUCCAAACCAGAGGGCACGUUCCGAGCUACAUUUGAAGAUAAGAUUCUCAAAAGUGACAUUGUCUUUUUGCGAGCAUGGUAUUCAAUACAGCCUAGGAAAUAUUACAACCCAGUCACAUCAUUAUUGCUGUCAGAUAAGGCGCAUUGGUUCGGCAUGCGUCUCACUGGCCAAAUACGUCGAGAUGAAGGCCUUCAGACGCCUUCAAACCCUGACUCCAAAUAUCGAAAGAUCGGAAGACCGGCCCGGAGAUUCAAUCCUCUUUUUGUUCCGAAGAAAUUGCAGGCGGCACUUCCUUAUGCUUCUAAGCCCAAGAAAAUGAGCAGCCAACGGAAACAGACGUAUCUGCAGAAACGGGCCGUCGUCAUGGAACCGGAGGAGCGAAAAGCAAUGGCUCUGCUCCAGCAGAUGCGUGCUUUACGGAAAGACCAGGUGGCGAGGAGAAAGGAUAAGAAGACUGAGAGGAGGGCUAUUCAUCAGAAGAAGGCUGAGAAAGAGGAGUCCAGGAGGAACGACAAAGAGAAAGAGAAGCGGAAAGACCACAUGCGAGUGGCCGGUCAAAAAUCUAAAAGACAGACAGACCUGGAAGAGGGUAGAUCAAGGAAACGUCGCAAAACAUAACGUUUCGCUUUGCCUUUUGAUCUUUCUUUCUGCUUGUUACUCCAGUUAUGUUACAAAGACUGGCGCUCGAAUGAUUUGACUGCCAACUUCCACUUUCCAAUUAGAAAUCACUGUCAAAAGUAUGCUUAUGAUCGAACAAUCUCAGAUCCACGGAUAACUCCUUCCUAUCGCUCAACUUUUCUGCCCUGUAUGUCGGACUUGCUCGCAAUAUGAUAGGUAGAUGCCACUUUCCUCCUGCCUGCCUAAGGUCGUGCUCUGCUUCUUCGACUUUGUGAUAAGGACUUAGUCCACUGAUCCUAUACAUCGGAAGUAAGUGGGCCUCAAGUUCUUAUCUUGUCCUAUCACGCGCAUGCCGGCUUUUUUCUGUAUGC